AUGAAUCGUUUUGAAGACAUGUCUCCCAAUCUGGUAUCAAUCCAACUUGCCGCCGGCCAUGCGCCACCAACCCCACCACACGAAGACCCAUUAGACGACAUAUAUGGCUCUGCGCCCUCGUCGCCAGUCCAUUUGUCGCAUGACCCGCUCGACUUGAACGCCCCUCGCGAUCGCCCUCACGAGAUUCUCUCCGAUCUUCCCUCCCGCCAACGCGCACUCGACACAGACGCGUACCGCGAAGGCCUCGGAAACAGCAAAGGCCAAUUCGUACAAGAAGGCUUCGACGAAGGCUACUCUCUCGGCGCAAACCUCGGAUUACGUGUUGGCUACAUACUCGGGGUUUUGCACGGCUUCGUCGCCGCCUUGAGAGGGCACGACGAGCAGUCACGCAACGAAGUGAAAGAGAUGUACGAGGCUGCACAGAGGGAACUGGCGAUACAGGAGCUGCUCAGUCAAACAUGGGUGGAUGAAGAGGGCAUUUGGAAGUGGGAGGUCAGAGGGAAGGAGGAGGACCCUACGUUGAGGGAGGUUUCAGAACAACAUCCUCUCGUGAAAAAGUGGAUGGGGAAUGUGGAUGAAUUAGCAGUGAGAUGGGGUGUUGACUUGAAGGCUGUGGAGAAGAGCCAGGCACUGCAAGAGGAGCAGUCAUGA